AUGACAAACCCCAUCUUCAACACUCAAAGAUUCGGUCAGCACAUCCUCAAAAAUCCUGCAACAGCUCAAAAAAUUGUAGAUGCGGCCAAUCUGAAGCCAACGGAUAAAGUGAUGGAGGUUGGACCAGGUACAGGAAACUUGACGGUGAAAAUCCUGGAAAAGGCCAAGCACGUAACGGCUGUGGAAAUGGAUCCACGCAUGGCUGCCGAGGUCAUAAAACGAGUGCAAGGAACGCCAGAGCAGCGGAAGCUAGAAGUCAUCAUUGGCGAUUUCGUCAAGGUCGACAUGCCUUACUUUGAAGUUUGCAUCUCAAAUACACCCUAUCAAAUCUCUUCACCCCUCGUCUUCCGACUCCUCUCACACCGACCUCUUUUCCGUGUCGCGAUUCUCAUGUUCCAACGUGAGUUUGCGAUGCGUCUGGUUGCUAGACCGGGAACAGCGCUUUGGUCGAGGCUGUCUGCCAAUGUGCAGCUCUACGCCAAAGUAGACAACAUCAUCAACGUAUCCAGGAACGAUUUCAGACCACCUCCACAAGUUGAAUCAUCAGUCAUACGGCUCGUCCCAAUCGACCCUCCGCCGCCAGUCAAAUUUGAGGAAUUCGACGGGCUGAACCGUAUCAUUUUUUCUCGUCCAAACAAGACCGUUCGCGGCAACUUCCAGGCAAAGGGUGUUAUGAAGAUGCUGGAGCAAAAUCGGAGAACAUGGCUCGCAAUGCAGGACAUGCCUGUUGAUGAUACAACUUCGAUCAAUACUCUUUUGGAUAAGGUUUUGGAAGAUGGGGGGUACACGGAGAGUAGAGCAUCCAAGAUGGAUGUCGAUGACCUCCUAAGGUUACUCUCCGCUUUCCAUGAUGUGGGCAUCCACUUUUCGUAA